AUGUUGUCCAUCGAAGAGACCCUCGCCCUCGGAUCGCCCUCCCCUGAGUGGGAAGAGGCCAUAAAAGCCAAUCCAGUCCCUGUGGGCGGUUGGACGAUGGAGACUGAUAUCAAUCAACUCAGGGAAAUGAUUGCCAAAGUGCACGCCAUGAAGCGCGCCGCAGCACCGGACGUGUCAGACCUGCCGUACGUGAAAGAGGACAUCCAGAUCCCGGUGAGAGACGGUGCUCUUCUGGUCGCACGUAUCCACAAGCCCAGGGAUAUACCUGCGGACGGCUGUCCCGUCUUCGUGGGCUUUCACGGAGGCGGAUGGCUCGUAGGAUCCGUCGAGGAACAAUCGCCGCUUUGCCGGCAGUUCACCUCCGUGGGAGGCAUCGCGGUGAACGUGGAGUAUCGACUCGCUCCGGAGCACCCGUUUCCCAUCCCCGUCAACGACUGCUUCGAUGCGGUGAAAUGGACGGUCGAAAACGCAAAGAGCCUGGGCGGGAAUUUGCAGAAGGGCUUCAUCAUCGGCGGUGAGAGCGCCGGCGCCGACCUGGCCCUCGGUGUUGCUUAUCUCUGGGGAAAGGAGCAGACGACGCCUCCGCUGACAGGUGUCUUCUCUUGCGUGUCCCUCGCAGUCAACGAGGAGGCAGUUCCCGAGAAGUACAGAGAUCACUUUCUCAGCAUGGAGCAGAACGCUCACGCGCCCAUCCUUACGAAGGAGGCGUUGAAGCUCAUCAUCAGCAAAUACCAACCGGAUCCCAAGAGCCCUGUCGCCUAUCCCAUCCUAGCACCGGACCUUGGCAGUUUGAUGCCCAAUACGUACUUCCAGGCAUGCGGACUGGACCCUUUGAGGGAUUGCACCCUCGUCAUGGACCAGGUCUGGAAAGACGCCGGCAUUCCGACGAAGCUGGACAUAUACCCGGGCCAGCCGCACGGAUUUUGGGCGCUUUUCCCGCAGCUUGAGGCAAGCAAGAAGAUUGCGAAGGACACCAUAGCGGGUUUCCGAUGGUUGCUGGCUUGA